AUGAAGCUCACUGCGGCUCAAAAACAGAAGCGUUACCGAGAAAAUCUGAAGAGAAAAGGUCGGCAUAAUGCUAUGAAAGCAAAAAAUCGGGAAAGAAUGAAAAAUGUGCGUAGUAAAUUAUCCGAUCUCCAGCGAGAACAGUAUCGUAAGCGUGAUGCAGCAGCCCGUAAAAGUGGUCGCGCUGCUAACAAACGUCAGUCGAGUGCAUCAUUUGGCUCAAAGCAAAGUCUUAGUAAAGCUGUCAAGAAAGUGACCAGAUGUCUUCCGCAAGAUCCAUCAAAGAAAAAGCUAGUCAUUCAAGCAAUUGCUCAAUCAAUGGGGUUAUUAGGUCAAUCUCUUCACAAACGUACAACCCGUCAAUUGCCAUGCAAAUUGAAGGAUGACAUUGUCAAGUUUUAUUGUCGAGAUGACAUAUCGUAUCAAAUGCCGGGAAAGCGAGACACGAUCGUUGUCAGACAGAACGGAACAAAAUCGACUCAUCAGAAACGAAUUUUAUUAUACAACAUUCGUGAAGUGCAUCAGUUGUUCUUAUCGGAACGUUCUGGUUCUGACAUUGCUCGAACAAGUUUCGCGGAACUACGUCCACAAUAUGUACUGAUCAAAGCAUUAAUGGGCCAUCGUGUAUGCGUGUGUGCAUACCAUGAGAAUGUGAAUCUAUUGCUGGAAGCUUUAGAGAAACAUGUAAAAGGUAGAGUGUGCUCGGAUUUGCAAACGUUUACGAGUGCUUUGGUGUGUGAUGAGUCGAACGAAGUAUGUAUGUCCUCCAAUUGCAAGACGUGUGCUAAAUAUUUCGAGACAAAAGUUGGAGGAAAUAUCGUCGACUUCACAAUGACGAUCAAAUGGCUUCAAUGGACGAAUAAUAAUGGCCGUGCAGAGAAGCAAGAAUUUGAAGGAACUGUGAAAGGCUGUGUUCAACAUUUGUCUGGUCUCAUUCAACAAUACUUAUUACAUGUAUUCAUCAAACGUGCUCAAAGUAGUCUAUUUGAACGGCUCAAAGAAAAUACGGAUGAUCGAAAAGUUCUUCUACAAGUCGAUUAUGCUGAGAAUUUCGCUAUGGGUCAGCAGGAUGCUACUCAGUCGGCUCAUUGGAAUACAAAGACGUUGUCAAUUUUUACAGGAUAUGCAUGGUGCGGAGCGAAUAGUUAUUCGUUCGCAUUGGCAUCCGACAAUGUUACGCACGAUAAAUAUUGUGUGGACGUAUGUUUGAAUAACAUCAUUAGUAAACUCAAGCAAUAUUUUCCGGAUUUAGAAGAGAUUGUGUUCUUCAGCGAUGGAGCUGCAUCUCAAUUUAAACAACGAUACCUGUUUCAAAAUAUAACAAGAAUGAUGGUUGAACACGAUUUGAAAUUAUCGUGGAAUUUUUUUGCAACAUCCCACGGAAAAGGGGUCGUGGAUGCUAUUGGGGGUAACGUGAAACGAAUGGUGUGGCAAGAAAUAAUGACAAAGAAGCAAUGUCGAUCAGCUACCGAUUUCGUUUGCAUCGCGAAGACAAAAACAAACACGAUUAUUCUCGAUGAAAUCUCACAAGCGGAGAUCGACGCAGCAAAAUUAAAACUUCAACAGUUAUUCGCGAAGACGAAGUCGGUCAAAGAUACUCAAAAAUUACACAGCGUCAUUGCCAUUCGUCAGGAUGUUAUAGAAUGUCGAAUGUAUGGUGACGCAACAUCGAAAUGGACUGUUUUUUUCUGA